GUAUACUGAGGAAAAGGCUCUUUCAAUUUUCAUUUUAAAACUCAAUUUUUACAACGACCUUCACGUUUAAUCAACCCGUGUGUUCUCUGCAGACUGAACUAACGAUGUAACGACUAACCUGACAAGAUGUGAAUGUAGCGCGCCAAAACUGACGCAAAAGAUUCCGAAAACAUCAACAAAGUUUAAGAUUCUACACGAAAAUCUGUAACUACGAUGGCUUUUCCUCAGCCACGACCCCAGCCACCGCAACUCCCUCAGCAUCUCCUGCGAACGAUAGAAUGCAAACAGGGCGCUGUCAGAGCUGUGCGGUUCAACGCUGAUGGAAAUUACUUUUUGUCAUGCGGUAGUGACAAAACGCUGAAGCUUUGGAGUGUUAGUCGCGGUACCCUACUAAAGACAUACAGUGGACAUGGUUACGAAGUGUUAGAUGCAGAUGCUUCUUAUGACAACAGUCAGAUAUGCUCCUGUAGUUCUGAUAAGACUGUCAUCCUUUGGGAUGUUGCAACUGGACAAGUCACCCGAAAACUCAGGGGACACGCAGGGAAAGUUAACUGUGUGCAAUUCAAUGAAGAGGCCACUGUAAUGCUAUCAGGCUCCAUAGACGGGACCGUGCGCUGUUGGGACACACGCUCCAGGAGAAUGGAGCCAAUUCAGAUUCUGGAUGAGGCUCGGGAUGGCAUCAGCAGUCUGAAGGUGUCUGAACAUGAACUGCUGACUGGCUCUGUAGAUGGCAGAGUGAGACGCUAUGACCUGCGAAUGGGCCAGCUUCAUGUUGACUUUAUAAACAGCCCCAUCACCUGUGUGUGUUUCAGUCAGGAUGGCCAAUGCACCUUAAGCUCCAGUCUGGACUCAACUGUCCGUCUGUUGGACAAGAGCACGGGGGAAAUGUUGGGAGAGUACACCGGUCAUCAGAACAAAGGCUACAAACUGGACUGCUGCCUCUCCAAUAAAGACACACAUGUGUUGAGCUGCUCUGAGGAUGGACAUGUCUACUACUGGGAUCUGGUUGAGGGAUCCCUAACUCUGAAGCUUCCAGUGGGGAAAGCUGUGGUCCAAUCACUUUCCUUUCAUCCAACAGAACCCCGCCUACUGACAGCUAUGGAGGGACGUGUUCAAGUGUGGGGGGCGGAGCCAGAAGACGUGGUAGAAGAAGAAAUGAAAACUGAACAAUGAUUGUCUGAGAAAUUAAACUCAUUGAGCUGAUUAGUAUGACUUCAUGAAUGAACUGGAAGAUGUUUAACUCAUUUGUACUUCUUUUUUAAAAA